UCUUUCGCUUCCGGUCUUCCUGGUUUCUUGGUCGUGUGUCUCACCUUUCCUGUUCACAUCCGCGGCUUUCUCCAGUAUUGUAGCAGUCGGGCCCAGGAGCCCAGACCCACCCAGAUACCCAGAUGCUUAAUGUCAGUAGCAAGAGGAGAACCAGGAGAGAUUGAUGUCCUGACAACUUAAAGAAUGGAGAGUAUCAAGGACGACAGGGAGGUCAACAUUAUCAAAGGCUGCAGAGAGGUCAAGGAGAACUAGGAUUGAGAAAAGGCCAUUGGAUUUGAAAAAUGAGAAAGUUCCUAAUAAUCCUGUGAGAUUAGCAUGAUACAGCCUUGUGCACAACAAACACAUCAACUGCUUCUCAUUACCAUCUAUGGAACAGUAGUAUUGCCGACACAAGAAGAGUAAAAGCAUGUUGUCCUUGCAUAUUAAGCAAUUAGAAGAAGGUCUCAUUGUGGUUAACGUUGGAGAGAUGGUGCUGACACCCCAGGAAGCAGAGUCCAUCCCACUUCUCUCAUGACCUUCUGAUUCCUACCCCUUUGGGGAAUGGGGAUAUAGAGAUUUCUGCCUCUUUGUUCUGAGAAGUACAAAGAAAGGACAGCUACCCCUUGCCAAGGUUCACUUUUCCACUCCAGCUCUGCCUUCUGAAGUACAGUAAUGAAGAAAUAACAGUGAAGAGUAAGAGAAGGAGGAGGGAAUGGCCCCUCCACUAUUGGCAUCUUGGACCUACCAGGAAUCACUGACAUUUAGUGAUGUGGCUGUGGAUUUCACCCAGAAGGAGUGGGACCACCUGGAUUUAUCCCAGAAGAAGUUGUACAGGGAUGUGAUGCUGGAGAACUAUAGGAAUUUGGUCUACCUGGGACUUGCUGUUUCCAAGCCAGAUCUGAUCUGCCAUUUGGAACAAGGUAAAGCACCUUGGAUCCACAAGAAAGAAAUCCCCAAAAUCACCUGCACAGGUUGGGAAAGUAGGCCUAAAACCAAGAAGUCUACUAAAAACCUGGACGUUUCCAUAGAAAAAUCAUCCCAAGGAAGAUCCACAAAGGAUGGUUCCCAUAUUUCCAAUUUGGGAGAAGUUUGGAAAUGUAAUGGCACUUUAGAGAAGCAUAAGAAGAAACAUUCUAGAAUUUGUACUGGACAGAAGUUUUACAAAUGUAAUCAACAUGGGAAGACUGUUCAUCAUAACAUUCACUUUACUCAACACCAAAGAAUUCAUACUGGAGAGAAACCUUAUGAAUGUAGUAAAUGUGGGAAGGCUUUUCACCAGAAUACAUCCCUUAUUCAACACCAGAGAAUUCAUACUGGAGAAAAACCUUAUGAGUGUAAUGAUUGUGGAAAGACAUUUAUCCUGAAGUCAAAACUUAUUCGACAUCAAAUGUUGCAUACUGGAGAGAAACCCUAUAAAUGUAAUCAGUGUGAUAAAGCUUUUAAUAGGAACUCUUCUCUGGCUUACCAUAAUAGAAUUCAUACUGGAGAGAAACCUUAUGAAUGUAAUACAUGUGAGAAGGCAUUUCGUAAUAAAACUCACCUUACACAACACCAGAGAAUUCAUACUGGAGAGAAACCUUAUGAAUGUAAUACAUGUGGGAAGGCUUUUCACCAGAAUACAUCCCUUAGUCAACACCAGAGAAUUCAUGCUGGGGAAAAAUCUUAUGAGUGUAAUGAUUGUGGAAAGGCAUUUGCCCUGAAGGCGAGACUUAUUCGACAUCAAAUGUUGCAUACAGGAGAGAAACCCUAUAAAUGUAAUCAAUGUGAUAAAGCUUUUAAUAGGAACUCCUCUCUUGCUUACCAUAAGAGAAUUCAUACUGGAGAAAAACCUUAUGAAUGUAAUGAAUGUGGGAAGGCAUUUCGUAAUAAAACUCACCUUACACAACACCAGAGAAUUCAUACUGGAGAGAAACCUUAUGAAUGUAAUACAUGUGGGAAGGGUUUUCACCAGAAUACAUCCCUUAUUCAACACCAGAGAAUUCAUACUGGAGAAAAACCUUAUGAGUGUAAUGAUUGUGGAAAGGCAUUUGCCCUGAAGACAAGACUUAAUCAACAUCAAAUGUUGCAUACUGGAGAGAAACCCUAUAAAUGUAAUCAAUGUGAUAAAGCUUUUAAUAGGAACUCUUCUCUUGCUUACCAUAAAAGAAUUCAUACUGGAGAGAAACCUUAUGAAUGUAAUACAUGUGAGAAGGCAUUUCGUAAUAAAACUCACCUUACACGACACCAGAGAAUUCAUACUGGAGAGAAACCUUAUGAAUGUGAUGAAUGUGGGAAGGCAUUUCGUCGUAAAACUCACCUUACACGACACCAGAGAAUUCAUACUAGAGAGAAACCUUCUAUAUGUGGGAAGGCUUUUCACCAGAACACAUACCUUACUAAACACCAGAGAAUUCAUACUGGAGAAAAACCUUAUGAGUGUAAUAAUUGUGGAAAGGCAUUUGCCCUGAGGACAAGACUUAUUCGACAUCAAAUGUUGCAUACUGGAGAGAAACCUUAUAAAUGUAAUCAAUAUGGUAAAGCUUUUAAUAGGAACUCUUCUCUUGCUUACCAUAAGAGAAUUCAUACUAGAGAGAAACGUUAUGAAUGUAAUGAAUGUGGGAAGGCAUUUCAUCAUAAAACUUACCUUACACAACACCAGAGAAUUCAUACUGGAGAGAAAUCUUAUGAAUUAUAAUACAUAUAGGAAGACUUUUCACCAGAACACAUGCAUACCUUACUAAACACCAGAAAAUUCAUACUGGGGAAAAACCUUGAGUGUAAUAAUUGUGGAAAGGCAUUUGCCCUGAGGACAAGACUUAUUCGACAUCAAAUGUUGUGUACUGGAGAGAAACUCUAUAAAUGUAAUCAGUAUGGUAAAGCUAUUAAUAGAAACUCUUCUCUUGCUUACCAUAAAAGAAUUCAUACUGGAGAGAAACCUUAUGAAUGUGAUGAAUGUGGGAAGGCUUUUUAUCAUAAAACUCACCUUACACAACACCACAGAAUUCAUACUGAAGAGAAAUCUUAUGAAAAUAAUACAUGUGGGAAGGCUUUUCACCAGAAUACACACCUUAUUCAACAUCAGAGAUUCAUACUGGAGAGAAACCCUACCAAUGUAGCAUGUGUGAGAAGGCCUUCUUUUGAAGCUCAUCACUUAUUUCUCACCACACAAUCCAUACUAAAGAAUAGCCCUAUAAAUGCGAUGACUGUGGCAAAGCUUUCACUGAUAAGUCAUUGCUGUCUUAUUACAGAAUUCAUAUAGGAGAGAAACCAUAUGAAUGUAGUGAGUGUGGAAAUACUUUCUGCCAUCACUUGUAACUUGUCAAGCAUCAGAAAAUUCAGUGGGGGAAAAAACCCUGAAUAUAAGGUUUUCAGCAAAAGCAUUAAUCAUACUAAAAAUUAGAGAAUUCAUACUAAAUCAAGUCUAUAAAUGAAGCUUCUCACUGUCUGAUUUCCCACAUUGAAUGUUUCAAAGCCUUUUUGUCUCAAGCUUUCACAGGUUCUACCAUGCUGGAAAGGCUUCAAGUGUGGCCUACCUGCUGAUUGAGUAGAUCACAGAACCAACUUAAAUGAGAGAAAUGAUUAGAUUAAUACUAACGCACCUGAAUUGCUAUGAUAAGCUAUAAUAUAUAAUAAUUAUAAUAAGUAUAUGGGGAAGAUCUUACUGUUUUGAUCUGAAUUUGUAGUCGUUCCAUGGCGCAAGCAAGAGCUAAAUUAGUGCUUGAAUUUGUCAUAUGUAUAAGAUUCAGUUCCUGAAGUAUCUCAUUCUUUCAGAAUGAUAUGGAUAUAAUUAGAAAAAGUUUAAGAAGCUUGUGAAACAAAGAUAUAAGUCUAUUAAGUUGUGAGGUUAAAGUUAGGAACCUUUUUUUUUUCUUUUAAGGAAUAGGACUUCAAUACAGUCAGUUAUCUUAGUGGAGAGUAACUUAUGAACUAUCUUGUGUUACCUUAAUAGGAAUCUGAUUUUACUUAUGUUUAUUUAAUGUAGAAUUAGAAAAUAUAUAUACAGCAUGUCCCAAAAUGCAAACAAAUUAGUUAAAUGUCAUCUCAAAGAUGUUCCUAUUUUGUAAAGGGCUUCUAAAGAACAGUAGUCUGUUUUUAUGUCCAUUUGAACAUGAUUAAUAAUGGAACAUGUUUUGCUAAAGACAGCUUUUCAUAUAAGCUAUUCUCUGUAUGUAAUUUGAUAUUAUAUUUACACAUCUCAUCCCUAGUCUUUUGUUGUUUGUUACUAAACAUCCUAAAGCAAAUUCAUUUGUCUAAUGUUGAACCUAGAGAUGAAAAAGUAUCUACUUACCAUGUGUACUGGUAGCUAUGUGUUUAUAUAUGGGAUUAGAUCGUUAAAGUAUCUUCUCAUCCUAAAAGAAAAAUUAGCAGAAGUGGGAAGUUUUAGGGAAGCAACAAUAUGAGAUGACUUAUAUGUUAAAUAAAUUAUUGUAAUAGAAUAUGUAGGUCUUGAGCAUGCUCUAAUAACAAGUUCUGAAAAGGCUCUAAGUAUGAUCAUCAAGGAGUGCUAUUAAGCCAAUGAUCCAUGAUGCCAACCCCUCUGGGGUUGAUAUCCGUGAAAUGCAGGUGGAAUUCUCAUGGGAAGGGUUGGGAGAACAACUUUUGGCAUUGGUUGAUGUGGGAGUCCCCUGACUCAAUUUCCCCAGAAUGAUAUUUCCUUUUGAAUGGAAAAUAUCCCACCUGGAUGACUUUAAGUCUGGCUCAAUGCAGUUGGCUAUCUGUACAACUCAUUCCUGGGACUGACAUCAAGAUAGGGGACAGCUAUGUCCCACUUCUUUUGUGGCAAAUUUCUACAAUCAUGUUAGGCGGUCAGUAUAAACUCAGCUAAGUAGAUCUUUUAGUUUAAUGCUGAACUACAUCUGAGUUACUAAAGUAAGAUGCAGGUAAAAGAUUUGAGCUAUUUGGUUUAGAAUUUUAGUCCUUUCUAUAUUCUCAACAACUAAGUAAAUAGAUAUUUAGCCUUAUUAUCUGUUACUACACACACAUGCAUGUGCGCACACAUACCUGUAUGAGAUAAAGUCUUUUAAUUUCUCACAAUGGUAUGGGGAUAAUUAGGCAAAUGAUAUAAAGACUUGUGAAACCGGGAUAUAAUUCUGUUAUUUAGUGAGGUUAAUAUCAUAACUGUCUCAAUUCUUCUGUGUUAAUGAAAAGAUUAGCACAAUUAGUUAUCUUAAAAGAAAAAUGGUGUAUGGUCCAGAGAGAUCCACUUUUACUAGGGUUACUAGGUUUACUAGGCUAGAAGUUGAAAAUAUUUUAUUAUAAACAGAUAUUUAAAAAGUACUGUUCUUAAUUUAUACAUUUAUAUAUUCCAUUCCAACAUCUUUAGUUACAAUGUUAAUUACUGCAAUUUUUGAGAGAAUUCAUUAGAGUCCAUCUUCUUAUAAAAAGUGUCAUGUUCUUGGUUCCUUAGCAGAGUCUCAUCCUCUUAAUUGGAGAAUAAAUAAUGCCAAGUAUAAAAAUUGGGUUGUAUAUCAGCGUGAUCGUUGGCUAUCCUAAAAAUGUAAAUUCUCUAGUCUAAAAAGUUAUAUAAAGUUUGAGGUAACAUUCAGUAUUUGACCUGGAUAUUGGCAAAGUAAAUUUAAAAUUGUGUUAAGA